AUGGUGUCGCUCGACUUUUCCAGCAUGGCGGGGGUGAAUGGCGAGGCUGUGAGAACCGGGCUGCAGACGGCCGGUCCCUUCGUGCUGCUGGCUGCGGCCAGCCCUGGCGAGUUAGAAAGCUUCCACAGGAGGCCCAGCUCCGAGGACGACGCUGUCGCCGGAGAGGGUGUGAGCGGAGAGCACCAGUGCCCUCGCGUGCUGACCGCAGCCCCCACUGUUGCCUUUCCAGUGCUGCUCCGGCCCACGCUGCUGUGGGCAGCGCUGGGGCUCCUGCACGCGCAGUCCCUGCCCUGCCCCCGGACCUGCCAGUGCUACUUCCGCGACGCGGCGCGCUGCGUCGGGGGCGAGGUGUCACGCAUCGCCGCCUUGGGACUGCCCUCCAACCUCACGCACCUCCUGUUCUACCACAUGGGCGCCGGCGCCUUGCAGAACGACAGCUUCCGAGGCAUGACGGUCCUGCAGCGCCUGAUGCUCUCCGACAGCCACAUUUCCGCCGUGGCCCCCGGCACCUUCAGCGACCUGGGCCGACUGAAAACCCUGCGGCUGUCGAGCAACGCGAUCCCUCAGCUGCCCGCCGCGCUCCUGGACUCACUGCUGCUCCUGGAACAGCUGUUCCUGGACCACAACGAGCUGCAGAGCAUUGACCAGAACACGUUCCGGACCCUGGGCAGCCUGCAGGAGCUCUUCCUGAACCACAACCAGCUCGCCUCCCUCCCCGAGGGCCUCUUCAGAAACCUGAGCAACCUGGAGGUGUUGGACCUGUCGGCCAACAACUUGACCCAGGUGCCCGCCGGCCUGCUCGUGGCGCAGGCGAAGCUCCAGAAACUCAUGCUGCACUCGAACCGGCUCGUGUGUCUGGACCCGGGGCUCCUGGACGGCCUGGGCGCCCUGCGGGAGCUGCACCUCCACAACAACCGCAUCCUCUCCGUCCCCCCCGGGGCCUUCGACAGCCUGCAGAACCUGAGCUCCCUCACGCUGGCGAGAAACCGCCUGGAGUUUCUGCCCUCCUCGCUGUUUCUCCGCGUGCACCGCUUGACGCUGCUCACCCUCUUCGAGAACCCGCUGGCCGAGCUGCCCGGGACGCUCUUCGGAGAGAUGGCUGGCCUGCGGGAGCUCUGGCUGAACCGCACGCGGCUGCGCACCCUGCCGCAAGCCGCCUUCCGCAACCUGAGCGGCCUGCAGGUGCUGGGCGUGACGCACAGCCAGCUGCUGAGCUCGCUGCCCGACGGCUUGCUGCGCGGCCUCGGCCACCUGCGCCACCUGUCGCUCCGCCGCAACCGGCUGCGGGCCCUGCCGCGCGCGCUCUUCCGCAACCUCAGCAGCCUGCAGGAGGUGCAGCUCCACCACAACGAGCUGCAGACCCUGCCUGGCGACGUGUUUGAGGGCCUGCCGCGGCUGACGGAGGUCCUACUAGGGCGCAACCCCUGGCGCUGCGACUGCGGCCUGCGACCCUUCCUGCGGUGGCUGCGGCAGCACCGGGGCCUGGCGGACCUGGCGGGCCAGGCCGAGCCGCCGCGGUGCCACGGCUCCGGGCAGUACGCGGACCUGGUGCUCUGGGAACUGCCUGAGGGCGACCCGCCGUGCACCGGCGAGCUGGCUCUCACUGACAACUUCUCCGAAGCCCCCGCGACCCCUGCUCUGCAGCCCAACAGCUCGGAGGCCGGGCCGUGGGCCCAGCCGGUAGUCGUCGACGGACGUCCAGACCACAAGCUGUUCUGGGGUCUUUAUGUUCUGCUUCUGACCACUCAGGCAGUAAUAACCGGCAUCAUUGUGUUUGCUAUGAUUAAAAUCGGCAGGCUCUUUCGAAAGUUAAUCAGAGAGAGCGCGCUUGAGUCCGUGGGCGCACCUUAGUGAGACACUGCUCUCCUCCUCGCCUUCCUCCUCCCCUGCGUUUCUUCUUCUCCCUUCCCCCUUCCCCUCCUUUUUUUUUCCAUCUCCUCCUCCUCUUCUUCCUCCUCGAUCGCUCAUAUUCACCUGCCUCCCCUGUCCUGCACACUCCUGGGCGUGGAUUGCGUGUUGCGUGUCGGGUCUGAUGUCUGUGGGAGAGGGGCCUCUCCCGUUUGUGGACACGGCCACAGCAGGUGUCCGGGAAACCCCUGUGUCAGCGGGGACCGGAUACAAGGAAUCCCUGGGAUCCUACUGCUGUGGCUGUUCCUGGGGGGAGGGGCAUGCUUGGGGCUCCUUACCUGCCUGUGUGGGAGGAGAACUCUUCCAGCUCUUGCCCUUGCCACAGCUUCCUCACAUGGCGGCUGUCUUUGCUAGGGGCUCCAUCUUUUUAGGGAGUAUUUCCACCAGAGACUUCCUCUGUCACAGGCCUGGGGGUGAGGAGGGGGCAGGUGAGGAGAGCGCCCCCCUGAGCUCAGCCCCAGCGGGGAGGCCCUGCCAGCCCAGGGUGAGGGUGAGGAGAGGGGUGAAGGGAGGAGAGGACAGGCAGGGUGGGGCUGGCCGGCCCCUGCAGCUGCGCAGUGUGCCCCCCAACCCCCCCGAGUCCCCACUUGGACCCUGGUUCUGGUUGCCUGGAGUUCCGUGCACCUCAUUCACACGCACGUAUGAAGCACCUGACGUGUGGCAGGUGCUCCUGGAUGUGGCGGGAAGCCUGGUCUCUGGUUGAUUAGGCUCGUAGCCCGUUCUCAUUUACUCUUGCCAUUGAGAGCAGUAAACCUUGUCGCUUCAGUUGGGUGUGUGUGCUGGUGAGCGCAGGGCAAUGGCAACCACGGGUGCCAGCCCCAGCACCUAAGUGAUCGCAUAGGACUUUGGGCGAGACCCUGUCACCCGUUCUCUCGCUCUCUAAGCCUUGGCUUCCUCACCCCUGAGAAGCAGUAAGCCUCACAGAGUGGUUGUAAGAAGUCAAGGCAGUACAGCCAAUAAUGUCUUAGCCUGGUGACCUGCAUACAGUAAAUGCUCAAUAAAUGUUAGCUCCUAUUACUACAGGGUGAGCAAUUGUUACUGGCAUCUUGUUUACUAAAAAGAGCUUAGAGUUGAUUUUUCUUCUCAGCGUAUAAAGGUCAGAGCAAACUCAACGUUGAGAUGGCAGCCCCAUCAGUCUGUCUUCACCUGUGGGCGGUCCUAGCUCUGUGUGGGCAGGCUCUGUCCUCGCUGGCCAGCACAGUAGACCCUCCCAGCAACACCACCUGCAUGUGGAGCAGAGAGAGCCGGAGCCUGGCAUUUGUGGCUGCACUUCCCCUUCACAGCCAGGUUCGAACGUUGCCUCCUGGGGAAGCCCUCCCUGAUUGCCCAGCAGACUAAAGCUUUCCCUGCCAUGAGCGCCUCCAUUUGGUCCUGGUCACCCUCCGUUCUGGAGUGUUACUUUAAGGUGUCUGUGUAUGUGCUGCCUCCACUGUCCGCUCUUGUCUUUAUUCCCAAUGCUCCCAGUUUUCAAACUUCCUAUAGCACAAAUCUGGCUUUUUUCUCUUUUUUGAAAGAGGCAGAGAACCAGAGUUCUCCAUCUGCUGGUUCACCCUCAAAUGCCCGGCAUGGCUGGGACUGGGCAGAUCUGAAAUUGGGAUCUGGGAAACCAGUUACUUGAGCCAGCAUGACUGCUCCCAGGGGUCUGCACUAGCAGGAAGUUAGAAUUGGAGCCAGAACCAAGACUUGCAGCCAGACACUCGGCCCCAGAACCCGGGCAUCCUAAUUGGCCAUCUUCACUGAUAGCCUAAACACCCAGUCGAAAAUCCAGGCUCUUUGGAUGGGCUGCAGACUCCAGCUGUAACCAGCGCUCUCAGGCCAGCCACCUGCCCCCUCACCUGUAGAGUGGGGGUGACAGUGGUUCUUACCCUGGUCGCCAGGAUGGAAUUAGAUAAUCCAUGUCAAGUAGUUAGGUAGUGGCUGGCCCCCGUGGGGCUCCAGAGCUAUUGGGACAGAUCUUCCGGGACACACUGUGCUGGCACAUUGCUGGGCGCCUGUGCACGUGGGCCUCCUGCAGCGACCAAGUGGUCAGCAGCCCGACAAGCAGUGACUACGACAUACACACUCCUGUGGCACCCGCCUUUCCGCGUCCCUUCCAACGGUGACAUCUCUGCCGAGCUCGGGCCCUCUUCAAACUUUCAGAACCUUGUGGAGGACAAAUCCAUACGCCUCAGCCAGCUUUAUAAACUCCUCCUCUGCUGGUGUGCGUCAGGUUUUUUGUUUUAACAGUAUAAUAUACAGCGGAUAAAGUUGAAGGCUUUAAGCUUGAAUAGCUUUUCCCUGAGUCUAUGCCCCUCCUCUCCUUAGAGGUUAAUGACGAUCGAUUUGGUGUUUUGCAUCCCUAUGCACGAUUUUAUACCCCUACUGCAUGUGUCCACAGCCCCGAACAAGCUCAAGUAGUGCUUUGCAGGCUUCCAGAUUUGAUAUAAGCCGUACUGUUCUGCACAUGGCCUUCUCUGUUUUUCUGAGCUAAGAACCUUUUGAGAUUUAUCCACCUGAUGCAUUUGGCUCUAGUUCACUUAUUUUAUAUACAAUAUUCUAGACAGAAUAUUCUGUAUAAUAUUCUAUUGACUGCCUAUGCCAUCAUUUAUUUGUUCUUUUGUUUAUGGACACUUAUCCCCAGUAAUUUUUUUCUUUUUAGUCCCCAUUUUCUGCAUCCUCCCUACCUUUUAAAUCUUUUUUUAAACUUGACUCUCAUUUUGUUUGAAAGGCAGAGAGAUAGAAAGAUCUUCCAUUCAUGCCCCAAAUGCAAGCUGCAGCCAGAGCCAGGAGUCUGGAACUCCAUCUGGGUCUCCCAUAUUAGUGGCAGGGGCUCAAGCACUUGAGCCAUUGUCUGCUGUCUCCCAGGGUGCAUUAACAGGAAGCCAGACUGGAAGUGGAGCCAGGACUUGAACCCAGGUACACUAACACCAAAUACAGGUGUCCUAAGCAGUGGGACUGCUGCACCAACCCCCACCCCUUAACUCUUGAUAAUGUCAAUCUGUUAGGGAUGCCAUGGUACCUCAUUGCUGCUUUAUAUGUCCUUGGUAAGUGUUGAAGUCGAUCCUGUUUUUAAAUGUUUAAUGAAAUUUAGGCUUUUUUUCUUGAAAAUUAUGUGUAUACAUUGACCAAUUUAUAAGGGAACAAUUUUGUCUUCUUGUUGGCUUUGAGAAAGUGUUUGUAUAUUCGAGGUAUUCUUUGCAUAUUCUAGACACUGAUCUUCUGUAAGCGAGCGAUACAGCUGGCAACUAUCCUGUCCAGUCUGAUUUUACUCGGUCUAUGCAGCCUUUUGUUGAAAACAGGAGUUUUCUUUUUAAUCUAGUCAAGUUCAGCAACAUAACUUUACAGUUUGUACUUUUAAAACAUUUCAGCUUCUUUCUAUUCUCAAGUCAUAAAGGUAGACUUUUGUGUUUUCUUCUGUAAGUUUUGCUUUUCACAGUUAGGUCUAAAACCUGCAUGGGGGCCCAGCACUGUGGCCUAGUGGGUAAAGCCACUGCCUGCAGUGCCCGCGUGGGUUUUAGUCCCAGCUGCUCCACUUCCGAUCCAGCUCUCUGCUAUGGCCUGGGAAAGCAAUAGAAGAUGGCCUGAGUCCUUGGGCCCCUGCACCCGUGUGGGAGAUCUGGAGGGAGCUCCUGGCUCCUGGCUUCAGAUCAGGGCAGCUCCAAUGGUUGCAGCCAUCUGCAGUGAACCAGUGGAUGGAAGACCUCUCUCUCUCUGUCUCUCCUCUCUCUGUGUAACUCUGACUUUCAAAUAAAAAGUAAAAAUGAAAACCUGCAUGGACCGUGUUUUUGUGUAAGGUAGAGAGCCAGCUGUAUUUUUUUCCAGCUGUGUAUCCUGUUGUCCCAGAUCCUGGAUCAGACAUUGUCUUUCCCUGCUGUCAUUUAUCAAGUUCCUGUAUGUGUGCGGUUUGGUCUCUGAGUGCUGCAGCCUAGAUCACUAGUCUCUUGGCCUAACCACUGGUCUCUACACUCAUAAUCUUCCUUGCUGCAGCUUUUAGAAUUUUUGGUGUAGGACCAGCUUGUUCUUUUUUCUAUUUUUAGCCUUUGCAAUUCUAUUCACAUUUUAUGGUCAGCAGGACAAACUCCACUGGGAAACCCUGCUGGGAUUUUGACAGGAUUUGCCAUGAGUUUAUUAGCUGAUUUGGGGAAGAAUUUGCAUUUUUUAUGAUAUUUAAUGUUCUUGCCAUUGAACAUGAUCCACCUUUACUGUUAUUUAGGUCUUUUCAAAUCUCUUCAUGUUGCAGAAUUGUUGUCAUAUAAAUCUUGCACAGGGUUUGCUAGAUUGGUUCCUGGGUGUCUUCACCCUUAUUUGUUGCUAUGAUAGAUGAUAUUUAUUUGAAGAAUCACAAUUUCUAAUUAUUAUUACCCAUAUAUAGGAAUAUGAUUUGCUUUUUAUAAAUAUAUUUGGCAAUAUUUGUAAUAGUUUACUUUUUCCUAUUAAAAUCUUAUAAGCAUUAUUUUUAUUUUCUUACUAUGUUAAAGCCUCCAAUAUGACAUUGAAUAGAAAGGGUGAUGGUAAGCAAGCUUAAAACCACCCUGUCUCUUGGUCUCUGCCUUUCAAAUAAAAUUUGAGCCGGUGCUGGGGCACCAGAACACCGGGUUCUAGUCCCGGUCAGGGUGCCGGAUUCUGUCCCGGUUGCCCCUCUUCCAGGCCGGCUCUCUGCUGUGGCCAGGGAGUGCAGUGGAGGAUGGCCCAAGUGCUUGGGCCCUGCACCCCAUGGGAGACCAGGAGAAGCACCUGGCUCCUGCCAUUGGAUCAGCGUGGUGUGCCGGCCGCAGCGUGCCGGCCGCAGCGGCCAUUGGAGGGUGAACCAACGGCAAAGGAAGACCUUUCUCUCUGUCUCUCUCACUGUCCACUCUGCCUGUCAAAAUAAAUAAAUAAAUAAAUAAAUCAAAUAAAUCAAAUAAAAUUUGAAAAUCAAUAAAUAAAAAAGAAAAGGGGCAGCUUUUGGUGGGACAGCUUGAAUCGCAACCUGGGAUACCCGGAUCCCAGAUGCCCCGUUUCUGAGCCAGCUUCCUGGCAAUACACAUCCUGCAUGGCAGCAGGUGGAGCCAGGAACUUCAGCCUGGCCCAGCUCCAGCUGUUGCAGCCAUCGGGGAGUGAAUCAGCGGAUGGCCGAUCUCUGUCUUUCUCUCUUUCUGUGUCUGCAUUUCAACUUAAGAAAAUGAAAAUAAAUGAAAUGAUCCAUCUGAUUGCAAAUGGAAUCCCUCUAACGUUUUGUCAACAAAUGUGACUUUUCUAGUCCUAAUUUUUAAAGUAUGUCUUCAAAUCAUGAGUAGAUGUUAAAUUUUAUCAACUUGUAUCUUACUUAUUGAGAUGUUUACAUGUUUUUUCCUUCAAUAUGUUAAAAUGAUGAAUACAUACACAGAUUUUGAGAAGUUAAGUUUAUUUUUGUCUUCUUUCAGUAAACAAGUCUAGCCAUGCAUUUAAAACGUAUAUUGCUGAUUUAAUUUGCUAAUAUCUUAUUUAUGACAUUUAACAUCUGUCCACUAGUGAGAUGUGUUUGUAAAUUUUUAAAAAUUACUAUCCUCAACUGGUUUUGUUAUCCAAAUUAUACAGCUUCACUGUGUGGGUGGGGAUGUGCUCUCUGGAGUGGUUUAUUAAAGUUAAGAUGAUCUUCCCUCGA